AUGCUUUUCCUCCUCUUUCCCUUGAUUUCAAGAUGGCUACGCUUGAAAAGAAAUGCAAACACUGUCAGCCCUGACUAUCAAGCUGCAUUUGAUGAUUUGCAAAAGGAAACCAUUGAUUUUGUGCGUUCGAACGACAAAGUCAUCUACUCUAUUCAUCAAACAAUUGAGCAAUUGCAGCAUUUGGUGGUUGUCGUCAAGUUACGCAACAAAGCGAAACCCGUGGCAGCAAAGUACCAAGAAAAUCGACCUUCAACUGGCAGUGUUCAUGCGCUACCAAGUCUUACAGCAAAAUCGUCAGUUGUCGAAGACAUUGCAAAGAUAAUUGAGAUUUACAAUCAGCUCUACUAUACCAUGGACAGAAUUAAUUCAACUGCAAUCAAGAAUUUAGACAAACUAGGUAUUCAAGACAUAUUUGACGACGAAGAUACGCAAUGGUAUCGAGUCUCUACGAUUCAGAAAGCCGAAGCUGCUGAUUUCGCUGAAGAGGCCAAGGCCUUAAAGUCCUUGUCGGAUAUUGCCAUUGCACAAGGUAAAACACUUCAGGUAGCGCCAAAAACCGCCCCAGAAAUGGUGCUUUCUGACGAAGAAAAGGUUUGGUUCUUCUUUUUGAUUUGUAGCUUGAUUGUUGUCUACAUAUUAUGGUACAAAGCUGACAGUGCUUCUGAAGGUACUGCUUGA